AUGAGUAAAAUGACACAAUUAAAAUUUCUCAAAGUAAAACCUUCAAUUAAAAUUGUAGUAUUUAAGCAAGAUUAUAUCUAGAGCAUUUUUAGAAGGUUAAUUAAAUCUAAUACCAUAUUCUAUUUUUGAGAUUAUUAUUCUCCUUAAAAUGAAACAAAAUAAUAAUAAGAGGAUAUUAUCAAUAACCUAAAAAUAAAUUUCAAAUCAGACAUAAGUUCUUUAUUGUUUACAAUUAAUUAAGUAUUUUCAGAAUUAAUGAUUUUGACUAAGAGAUUUGCAAGCCAGAUCCAAUUCUUGAUACGAUGAAUUUUAUUUUAAGAUAUAGUGAUAAUCCAGGAAUCUUCAAAAUCACAAAAAGGAUUAAGAAGAAAAAGUGAGGAAAAUAUUGGAUAGACCUUUGAUAGGAGAAUUAAAAAUUAAUGAUCAACAAUAACUAUUUUUUAAUACAGAAAUUGUACAAUUUAAUAUUUUUGUGCUUGGACAAUUUAUCUACAUUCUUUAGAUUGGGAAAAUUAAGAGAAAAAUAGAUGUUAGUCUCAAUAAUUAAUAAUUUUUCAUAUUUUAGGAUAAGAAGAUCCAGAAAAUCUUAAGAUUAUUCAAAAUCAUAUUGAUUGAAUUGUCAAAUUGCACAAUAUAGUAUUAAUCAAACUUUUAAGAUGAAUUAUCUAUGUUUAAAUGUAUCGUUUGA